AACGAACCUGUCCCCGUGUCACACACGGUUGCUCCUAGAUGGAACACAACAGUAAAUUUGUUACAGAGCCGCAGAUCGCCGAGUAAACGACUCUCACUUGCCGACUGAGAGUCUGAGACCUCGUCCCCUUCUAUAUUCUAACCCUAACUCUCUCUCUCUCUCUCUCUCUCUCUCUCUCUUUCCUCUUCUAUUUCUCACAUCGUUUACAAACUGAGAGAAACUGACUGCUCUAAACGGAAAUGCUCCGAGAUGGUGAAGAAACCCCCUCCAGAUACGAGCUGCUCAGCAUGGUGAAGAAGCACUCGAGCUUGUUGGGGAAGACAGUCGACGACGCCUCCGAUGUCGAAAUGGACCCCCGCUUCUGGCACGACGUCCUGGAUUUGUACUUCGUUCGUGGCAAAGACUCCCGCGGUCGCCAGGACGAUGAUCUCGUCUUCUUCGUCAGAAAAUUGAGCUCGCAGGGCUUCAACGACGACGUUCCGCCUUACUUUGUACGCAGGUGGGCACCUAAGUUGGAUAACUUGAUAGGUGAAAAAGCGGUAGAGGUGGAUUGGAGGCGCUCCUUUCACUUGAACUUGAUUGCUCACACUACAUUUACUGUAACAGUGGCUAUUUGCAGUCAUCAGGACCUUCGGAAUCAUCAAGCUGAUCAAGAUAAACCAUUAUCUCCAAUAUACAAGGUAGUAAAGACUGUUUAUGCAUCUCCGAGCCGUGUCAACUUUCAUUUGGACUCGCAAAAGGCAAUGGAGACAACGCCUGCUUAUCCAGAUAUUUGUUUUGCUGUCGAUGACUUUGACUCCACUUUUGAUGCUGUGGUAUUGACUGAUUCAGACCAUUGCUAUUGUGUAAUACUCAAUGCACAUGAUGGGGCAGCAUUUCCUAAGGCAAAGGAUCCUGAUGAUUGCAGUUCUAGUGAUAGUUCCUCUUUGAAGGUUGACAGUAGUUCUGCGAAGGCAAAAAGUUCCAAGCUGACUCUUUUUUCGGGAUUUGUCAGCUAUCAAAUGGUACGAGAUGCAUAUGAUGCCGGCAAGUCUCGUUUUGGGAACCUUUUAUCACUUGCUCAUUCCCCUGGCAAACAAGACAAACUGUACAUGAAAGGUCCUGGAGGCCGCGGGGAAGUUGAAGUGGCUGUUUCUGGUGUUGUAGAUCAGAGCCAGCAAGAUACAGGUCCCUUUUCACCUGUUACAUCCAAGAGAGGAUUCGGAAUUGGCUUUAUGGUUCGUAAAGCAGCUUCCGUUGCAUCUGUGGCGGCAAAGAAUGCCUAUGCGGCUGCUGCUUCUAGCCAUAGUUUUGACGAGGAGAUGAUCCCUCUCAAAUGUUGCUUGAUGUCCAUUUCAUUACCGUGGGAACACAUAGCAUAUGAUCUUCUUUUUAAGGGCACUCCUCCUGUGAACUUGUAAGCAGCAUCUUAUGUACAUUCUCAUUGGCAAUGAAUAUUGGAAAUGAUAAUGCACCUCCAAGAGGAAAACAUUGAGACGAGUGGAGAUGUUCACCCCCCCUGUGAUAAAUGUAAUGAUUGGAAUUCAGUUGCAUAUGGGAGCACAUGUGCUACUCUGGGCUAAGGGCCGUUGUAAAAUGUGUUGUAGACCAUUUUUCUGUUUCAUACAUACAAAACAAAGCAACAUGUUACUUUAAUUCCAGGUUCAGGGAACACUAGAGUUCUACAUUUGUAUAUUGUUGAGUGGAAGCACUUUGUAUUACCCUGUUAUGUUACUCGUAGGCUCAAAGGUAGUGUUUCUGGUACGCUAUCUGAUUUUUUAGCGUAAAUGGAAGGCAAAUCCAGACCACUAAACAGAAAAUGUUUUCUUUC